GCGGAGCGGACGAAGGCGCCAGUUGAGUUCCGAGCGCCGCGGGGUUGUCGCGCUCUCGUGUGAUCCCCGUUUUACGAUUCCAAGUUUAUGUACUGGAAACUUUUAGUCGCGUAGCUUGAGCGUCAAUUCAUGUAUUGCCACCUCGGUAGUGUCUCAAAACCAGUGCCCGGAUGUUUGUAAACGUACGCGCGUGUUUUUAUUAUACGUCCGUCUAUUUUUGAAUAUAACUAAACGCUGCGAAGUUUUCGAAACGCAGCCGACGGCGGGUUAACGGCCGCAGUGUGCAGCGACUGCACCACAUUAUAUCCUCGUGUCUUGUGUUUUUGUUGACGGUUAACAUUUGUGUCGUUUGAUCGGUGACAUUUUAUCUGCAAAGAUGUACCUUGGUGGUGUGAGUUGUGAAAUUGUGACGUCGACCAUGCAAAACGUGUAAAACAUAAUCUGUGAUAAACAAGGACACGGCUCUCUACUCUUUUGUGUGUUAUACAAGUCAAUAUAUUGUGGUAUUGAGUAUAACCCGGCCAAGCAAAGAUGUAAAGUGCAGUGUGAGGUGAGGCGGAUGGCGGCGCGGCGGUAGCGGCCGCAUGGGUCAGGCGGCGAGCAUGUGUCGCCUUCACGGAUCAUGUCUACAUCACAAGAAAAGUCUUCAGCUGCGGAGUAUAGAGGAGCCGGCGGGGGGCGCGGGCGGCGGGGGGGCGCCCGCGCCGACCUGCUACGACGCGGAGUGCGCGCGGACGGAGGCCUGGCUGGACGAGAACCAGGAGUUCGUGCAUGAUUAUUUUUUAAGGAAAGCGACGCGGCAGGUGGUGGACGCGUGGCUGGUGUCGCACGCGACGCCGCCCAGCGCCGAGCUCGCGUCCCCGUCGCGCGCCGGCUCCGGCAGUGGGGCCACCACGCCCGUCAGGAAGAUCUCCGCGCACGAGUUCGAGCGCGGCGGUCUGCUGAAGCCGCUGGUGACGACCGUCGACGGCACCCCCACCUUUCUCAACGACCACUCGCACGCGGCGCCCUCGCGUCCGCAGCGGCGGUCGAGACACGAGCUACGGCAGUUGGAUGAGAAGGAGCUCAUAUUUGAAUUAGUUAAGGACAUAUGCAACGAGCUGGAGGUGCGGGUGCUCUGUCACAAGAUCCUGCAGAACGUCUCCAUCCUGUUGGACGCCGACCGCGGCUCGCUCUUUCUCGUCCAGGGGGAGAAAGCGUCCGCGCCGCAGCAGAAUGGAAGGUACCUGGUGUCGAAGCUGUUCGACGUGUGCUCCAAGUCAACCCCAGAACAGAUGCAGCAGUUGGAGGAGAUCCGGAUACCCUGGGGGAGCGGGAUAGUGGGCUACGUGGCUGAAAGCGGCGAGCCGGUCAAUAUACCGGAUGCUUAUAAGGACAAGCGCUUCAACCAGGAUAUCGACCAGCAGACUGGGUACCGGACAAGGUCGCUUCUGUGUAUGCCCAUCAAGGACAUUGGUGGAGAGGUCAUUGGAGUAGCCCAGGUGAUAAACAAACAAAACGAUGGGCCAUUCACGACGUACGACGAGAAAGUUUUCUCCGCCUACCUUCAGUUCUGCGGGAUCGGUCUACGGAACGCUCAACUUUAUGAGCGGUCCCAGCUCGAGGUGAAGAGGAACCAGGUGCUGCUGGACCUCGCGAGGAUGGUGUUCGAGGAGCAGAGCACGAUAGAGCACAUGGUGCUGAGGAUAUUGACGCAUACGCAGAGCUUGAUACGCUGUCAGAGGGUGCAGGUACUUCUAGUCCACGAGGCGUCGAAGGGCAGCUUCUCCCGGGUGUUCGACUUGGAGGCGGGGGAUGACGACGAGCCCGGCACCCCCCGGACCUCCCCCUACGAGAGCCGCUUCCCCAUCAACAUCGGCAUCACGGGAUACGUGGCUACUACUGGAGAGACGGUGAACAUACCAGAUGCGUACUCGGAUCCCCGGUUCGACCCGUCCGUGGAUGAGGACGUGGGCUUCAAACACAACACCAUCCUGUGCAUGGCCAUCAAGAAUUCCGAGGGCAGAAUCAUCGGGGUUAUACAGCUCGUCAACAAAUUCGACGGGCUACUGUUCACUAAGAACGACGAGAACUUCGUGGAGGCGUUCGCCAUUUUCUGCGGGAUGGGCAUCCACAACACACACAUGUACGAGAAGGCGAUCACGGCUAUGGCCAAACAGAGUGUCACCUUAGAUGUUUUGAGUUAUCAUGCCUCUGCCUCUCUGGACGACGCGCAGCGGUUAAGACUUUCUUUUUCGCAGAGUCUCCGGAUCCCCUCGUCGGCCCACUUCAAACUCCACGAGCUAGACUUCGACGACAUUGAGAUGACUGACGACGAGACGUUGACGGCUUGUCUCAGGAUGUUCCUUGACUUGGAUUUUGUCGAACGCUUCCACAUCGACUACAGCGUGCUCUGCCGGUGGUUGUUGAGCGUCAAGAAGAAUUACCGCAAUGUAACGUACCACAACUGGAGGCAUGCUUUUAACGUCGCGCAGAUGAUGUUCGCUAUAUUGACGGAGACGCAGUGGUGGAAGAUAUUCGGUGAGCUGGAGUGCCUGGCGCUCAUCAUCGGCUGCCUGUGCCACGACCUCGACCACCGGGGGACCAACAACUCCUUUCAGAUCAAAGCAUCAUCACCUCUAGCGCAGCUGUACUCCACAUCCACGAUGGAACAUCACCACUUCGAUCAGUGCCUGAUGAUCCUCAACUCCCCCGGAAACCAGAUCCUGGCCAAUCUAUCCUCUGAUGACUACGAGAAGAUUGUGAAGGUGCUCGAAGACGCCAUACUUAGUACGGAUCUGGCUGUGUAUUUUAGCAAACGCAAAGACUUCAUCGACCUCGUAAGCACCGAGCGGUCAACCACUACCUGGAGCUGCGACGAGCGGCGCGGGCUGCUGCGGGCCAUGCUGAUGACGGCCUGCGACCUGGCCGCCAUCACCAAGCCCUGGCCGGUGGAGCGAAGAGUGGCAGCCCUGGUCGCUGGAGAGUUCUUCCGUCAGGGCGACCUGGAGCGGCAUAAUUUGAAUCUUACGCCCAUUGACAUAAUGAACAGAGACAAGGAGGACCAACUUCCUGCCAUGCAGGUGAAGUUCAUCGACACGAUAUGCCUUCCCAUAUACGAGGCAUUCGCAGUCCUAUCAUCAUCACUCCAACCGAUGCUGGAUCGAGUGAAAAGCAAUCGCGCACACUGGAUCGACCUGUCUAACGACAACUACUGCGGGGAGAACUAUCUGGAGGCAGACAAGGACAGAAAUAGCCUCUCCUCUCACGUGGACGACACAGAGAAUACGUGCGAGGGAGAUAGCAGUAACACCGUAAGCUUGUCGUCAGAGAAUUCCAAAUUCGAAAAUCUCGAGAACCCCGUAGUCGGUCUCGUCAGUAGUACCACGCUCAUGUCGCGUGACAUCAAGUUCUGCCAACUUAACGAACUUAAUUGAACAAUACAAGAUGGCGUCCAAUAGACCAAGCCCCUUACUAAUAAAAAAUUAGCGAAAUAAUACAAUGUGUCCUUUUCCGGCAAGCGACUUCUGUAAGUUAUAAGACAGAGACAAAACAUUGUGUAGCGUAUCCAUCGUGUAAAUAUUUUUAUUAGUAAGGUGGCAAUAGUUUUUCGAAGCUUUAUCGCUAUAUUUUGCUUUUAAGCGUUAUAUCGUGACAUGGGCAUAUUAUGAUUCCCCAUAAAAUGGGUUAAUAUUUUUAUAAUAUUGUAUUAAAUCAUUGCUGAAG